GGAUGAGAAGUCUCCAAAGUUAACACAAAAUUCUUUCAUCAACUCUUCAUCCUCUGGUUACAGACAGCUAAUCCAUCAAAACCAAGAGAACAAAACCCAGUCUUCUGAAAAAUUACACUCAACUGUGGAUAUUAGGGAUGGGGUAGUUUCUUUGGAGGGUUUUAGUGCCCAACAUGUUGCUUCUAAGAGUAUUUGUUCUCACAGUGAAGAGCUGUGUAGAAGAGGUGGACAGACUAUAGCAGACCCUGCACCCUACCUGGAAAGGCACUGUCAUGAUGGAGGAAUGAAACAGGUGGAUGAUGGAGCUACUAGUAGCAUGGUUGCCUCUAUGCCUGUGGACCGUUGGGUGGAUAAUGUUACUAGGUAUUACAGUUCUCAGAAGGCUAAUAAGAAUACUGAAUGGCUUCCUGUACCUGGGAGGAGUCCACCCUUUUCUGAUCAGAGAGCAGUUGGAGAUGACUUGAAUAGGAUACCAGUACAUCUGCAUCCACAGUGGAAUCAAGACACAGAACAGGAGCUCUCAGAACUGGAAUCCCUCUAUCAGACUAGUCUGCAGGCAUCUCAGGCCACUAGGCCUUUCUUGGGAAGACAGGACAGUGCUAGGUAUCCAUUUGACCAAUCAGUCUCUGCGAACCUGAAUAUGAAGAAGCUGCAUGCUACAGCUGGCAUGGGUCUCUCGAAAACCCCAACAGCAGAGAUCGAGCGCAGUCUGUGUGGAUCCGCUGUCUCUUCUGCCUCCAAGGUCACGUAUACCAGAGAACAUAGUAGGGAACCAGAAGAGGAGGAAAUGUACAGUGCAGAGAAUUUCCGUCGUAUUGCUCGCAGUCUCAGUGGGACAGUCGUCUCAAACAGAGAAGAGACCUUGGUCUCUUCUCACAGUUUUGAAGCACCAAAUACGAGGAAAAUGCCAGUGGACACCAGACACCGUUCUUCCAGCUCCACUUCCCUUCCUUUCCCCCAUGAUCCUCCUGUGUUUCCCUUUGAUCCCCAGCACAACCCAAACCAGGUGCAGCACAUACCCCAUGAUGUACUGAUGCCCAGCAUGGUGGGCAAGGCACGUAAACUGUCAGGAGAUCAGAACGACUUCAUCCAGAAACUUUUGGUUGUGCCUGACAGGGGUGAAGCUUUGCAAGGUGAAGACUACCCAGGAGGUGGAGCAUCAAGUGUCUCUGGCCAUUGGCAGAACACAAGCUACCCUGCCAGGCAAACAGCCACGUUACCAGAUAAACGAAUGACGCUGUGGGGGAAACAUGCUGGCCAGCCAGGCAACAGUUUGCAGGAAGGCUUCCUCCAGCAGCCUUCACAACAUCAAAUGCAUGAUUCUUAUGCCAUCAGUUCCAGGCUGCCAGCCAGCACGGACUACAGCACUUUAAGAAUACCACAUGAGCCUUCUUGGGAUCCCGGUGCCUCUCAAGGUUGUCCUGUGCCCCCUUCUUGCGUUAAGGCCCCGGGUCCAAGGAGAGUUGAUAUGCCUCCAGAAGAAGACUGGCGACAGAACAGCUACACCCCUCAGCCUGGCAGACGGCGAAUGCUGCCAGUGCAUGUGAUGGAUGGGACUUUUUCUUCUGCUUCAGAGGCAUGCAGAAAUAUGCUGGCUCGAGCAGCAGCAGCUACUGGCACCAUGCAGAAUAAUGGCUGGUGA